AUGGCUCCAGCGGCACCCGACUCUGAGCAGAUAUGGCCGCCUCGGUCACCUCACGAAGCGUUAUUGAGCACCCCCAGCGGACGGCAGCGCUACAAGGACAUGCUGGACCGAACACCGCCUUCUCCAUCACCUUCCAGGAGACCUCGGCCGGUUCUCGCGUCCAAUGCCCCCCCUUUAGGCAUGCCGAGUUCGCAGCUUGGGGCAGACGAUGACGACGAUGACGACGAUGAUGAGGAGACGCUGCAGUUGAAGCUGCAAGAAAUCCAGGCUCGCUUGCGAUUAAAGAGACUGCAGAACGCGAAGAACAAGGAGAAUAGCAUGAUUUCAAAGAGUGGUGAGCCCGUCAUGAGCGCGCUAGAACACCAAUCCCCUCGGAAAUCUCGUGGCAUCCUGUCGGGCGCGGAGGAGAGGAAUCGUUCGACUCCCCAAGACCAGGUACAGGUUCCGGCGUCUCCAAGUAAAAAGGUUCCGGCGCCCUCAUUGCAGGCCUCCCCUCGCCGCGUCUUGCUGGGGAUAGACAAAGGGUUGAAGGCGAAAGAUGUUUCCUUGAAGCGAGCGCCCAACUACAGAAGUGCGACCGGAUCAAGGGGGUUGAAGAUUGGAGGCUCCGUGGAGAACCUGAGGCUCGCCAAUCCUGCAUCGCCAGAACCAAGGUCGCUGAGUUUCAACGAGAGGCUCACUUCAGCGAGAACGGAGGCGUCGUUUCAGGCAUCCAGGCAGGAGCGGAUCCAAAAGGUUCGAACGAAUGCUUUUGGGAUUGGGAAGCACGAAAUGGAAAAGUACAAGUCGAGUGCCGUCGACCUUCCAGACGAACCGUUGAAGGCUCCCGUCUUUACCCGCCAAGAGGUUCUAUCCAAGGGCAAAGCAUCGACGCCGCUGGCGCGAAGCAAGACAGCCACAAGCGUCGCAUCACGCAUGAACACCGGCGAAUCUAGCUCCCGCACAGAGGUGUCGUCACAGGAUACAGCGGCCAGGGACGUGGAGGGUGGCGAGGUGGCGGCAUCUUUCGAGCCCUACUCGUGCUUUCACCUAUCGCGGCGCAUACUUCCCCACCGGGUUCUUGCGCGGCACGUGUCUGGGACGAAGACGAUGAGCUUGAAGGAGCUCUUGCGGGAUGUGAAGUCGCCCGACUUUUCGCUGCCGGACGUCGAGCAGGAUAUUGUCGUCUUUGCCGUCAUCGCCAAGAAGUCGGAACCGCGGGCCCACAAGCACGGCGAAGCGAAGAAUGGGUUGAAGGCGGAGGAACGAGGCAGAUACAUGAUCAUGACGCUCUGCGACCUGGAUUACGAGCUCGACCUGUUCCUGUUCAACUCGGGCUUCACAAGGUUCUGGAAGCUGACCGAGGGAACCGUGGUGGCAAUUCUCAACCCUAGCAUCAUGCCACCACCGGCAGGCAAACAGGACACGGGCCGGUUCAGCCUGGUUGUCAACUCGGACGCGGACACGAUACUGGAGAUUGGAUCCGCCCGCGACUUGGGAUUCUGCCAGUCCGUGAGGAAGGACGGCAACGUCUGCGGCGCUUGGGUGAACAAGAAGCGAACCCAGUUUUGUGAAUUCCACUCGAACGAGGCUCUCCGCAAGCAGCGUGGAACGCGACUCGAGGUCAACACGAGCGGCUUCGGGGGUGGCAGUCAGCGACAGAAGAAAGGCGGCGACUCGAAGGAGUGGACGGCGGGAAAGAGAAGAGGACCGGACAACUACGACUGGGAGACGAAGACGCAGUGGUUUGCGUCGAGAUCCUACAGCGCGGCCGAUCUCAUCGACGGCAAGGACCGCGCUCUUUCCGACAAGAAGGAGAGAAGAGAAUUCAUGAAGCGGAGCCUCGAGGCGAAGGAGAAGGAGCGGGAGAUGAUGAAAAAGCUCGGCAGCGUGGGAAGCGCGGCGGGAAGGGAGUACAUGCAACACUCGGCGCAAAGGGAAAGCGGCAGGGCCGCGUCAAGCGCAUCAAUGCGAGCGUUUCCUUCCAACGACACGCCGGGCGAGGCACCAAAACUGGACGUCGUCUCCUUGGGCCUCACGGGCAAGGGCCGGGAGAUUCACCUCAGCCCCGUCAAGCGCAAGCGGCCAGAGAGCUCCCAAGCGGGUUCGGCGGCGAGCAGCAUCAAGCCGUCGUCGAUUUAUGGCUGGGGAGGCAAGCUGAAGGACAAGCUCUCGUGCAUGAAGGAGGGCGAGACGCUGCACUCCUUCAAAGGCCCCAAGUCGCCGGUGCGGAAGAAGACGAGAUUUGUGACGGAGAAGGGCAUCCGGGAAGCGGGCCGAGAGAGUCUUGGUACCGACUUGUCGGACAGGCAGGUCCAGCUUGUGGACGACGACGACGAGGAGCUGGUCAUUGUCAAGUAG